GCAAACUGAAUUAUGCAUCGUGAUACGAGCUUAGUUCGGACGUCGAAAAUCAAGUAUCCGCAUGAGACAAAAAGCGUCUGCUAGACUUCUCUAGGAAAAUAACAGCGGUAAGAAUCUUCCUUUCACACAAUCGAAAAGAGCACGUAAAGAUGCCGUCGCUUGCGAUACCGAAGCUAAAUCCGUUGCAAGAUCGACUCGCAGCCGCGUUCGAUCAGAAUUUUGCAGCCCCGGCGAAGAAAUUAUCGAAGAAGAAAGAAGCGUACUAUUGCGGUUUCGUUCAGUAAAGUGUGUGUUUCUCUUCAGCAUCAUCAAGUUAAAGUUUUGGUUGUCGUUUUGACGUUGAACAUUGACUGGACAUUCAAACCCUAUCCAACAAAAAGGAAACUACAAGCAGAAAGAAUCGCGCGCGAGCGGCAGCGGCUCGACCCUUUGAACUUACACUUGGAGGUGGAAAAGAGGAAAUUAGAAAAGAAGAAACUCCAGCAAGACGUCGCACGAUUGAAUGCCGACUUGUACCGCAAGGAGCAUGAGCAGAAGUACGGUGUCGACAUGUUCACUGCCUUUGUGCGGGCGAGCAGCUCCAAAGCAAAAUUGGAUCAGGCUAACGUUGACGAGGGACUGAAAAACAUCAGGCAGGAAUCCAGAAAAGUCAGGCUGCAGCAAAGAGCGUACUGAAUCGCUUUUGUACAACUUCUGCCCUCAGUCUAGCCUAUUUUUCGUGGUGUCUAGCUCGAAGUGGAAUUCGUUGUUUGUUUUCCUGCAGUUGUUCCUGGAUUGCAACGACAACGAGGACCUUCUUGAUAUCAAAGAAAAAAUCAAAUCCCAGGCAAUUUGCGGAUGAUGGUAUACAGGAGACGUACACCCUCCGGCUGUUGCACAAUCCGCACAUGCGAAACGUAAACAGCACGCGGAAGGGCGGGUUUCACAAAAAGAUAAGGCGAAGUGGUAGCGGCUUCAAUACGGACCAGGGUUCGGACGAGGACGGCGCGUAUUCGCCGGGUCUUGAGGACGAAGCGGGAAACAUCGCAGUAUGCACCUCUACUUCUUUCUAGGAACGCCGUUUUUGGAUCAUACCUUGUAUGAACAGAUACAGUCGUGUGAAAUUUUUGAUAGACGUUAAGUGCUGCCAGUGCGUUCGAUAUUGAAACACCCCAUUUCUACAGCUGGUCCACAGUUUUCUCGACUUUCUCCUCGCGACGAAGCGUUCGGUGGACGAGUGCUUCCAGAUGCUGGACGUCAAUGGGAGCGGAGGGGUAACUCGCUGUGAGUUCUCAGACGGGUUAGUACGGAUGCGGUACAUGCGACCGUUGCAGGAAAUGGACGCGCUUUUUUCGAUCCUAGACCAGGAGAAGACGGGGGAAGUGUCUGGUCAGCAGUUCAAGAGGUUGCAGCCCUACUAUGACGCGAGGGAGAUAAAUCUCGUCCGGCACUCGUUUCCGAACGCCAGGGCGCCGUCGUCGGCUUCGAGGUAUGAACCCGAGAAAAACGUGAAUUACAACUCUGAUUGUGAUUUGCAAUCGUCCGCUUACUUCGUCAAAGAUCUAGUGUUUUUCUUCUUUUUGGUAUGUUGAUCCCAUCUGAAAAUUGAAUCAGACUCGGCACCGCUCCGCGAUCCAGUCAGAGUGCACGGAAACUACCGCCAUUGCCGACGCCAAACCGAGACUGAGAAACCUUGUGAAAUAUUCUGGCGAACCAAUUGCCGGCGCGCCAAGACCCAGUGACCAAUCUUUUUUGAUCGCUCUUGCCCUUCCGCCCGGACAACAAAACAAACAUGUUUACUUAUCCAAAACGAAAACUCGUUGCGAAGAUGUGAUGUGCAGAAUCAAUUUCAUG